AGCAGUCAGCAUCAGCCCCAGUCAGUAUCCAGGGUCAGACUGCUCCCUUUUCAGGGCGGGCUGGGCUUGGUUAUGCGUCCAGUGUAUCGACUGCUACAGAACACCCUCCAUUUCCAGAGGGACGAGCAACUGUCUAUCUAAGGGAGUGUUGGAGAGGUGUUUGGGAUGAUUUAUAUCUUCACAAUGGGAAACGGUUCCAUAAGAGCAUUGAAACCUGAAGAAGCCAACGUAUCCCCCAGGCUGAUGGAACCCACUCUGGAGAUUGUAGAGAAUCUCAGAAAGAAGAUCCACAGCCUUGAGGAGGAACUGACGAGGAAAGAUGAUCAACUGAAGCAAAAAUCAGAGAAAAUAAAGUUCCUGGAGAAAGAACUGAAAGGAAAACUUUCUCAAAUCAACAAACUGCAGGAUGCGAUUGGCUAUAACCCAGUUCCCAUGGACCCCACUGUCAGCCAGCAUCAGAAACUGGUCAGUGUCAUUAACGAGGGGCCAAGGCGGUUUGCACAAGUGGCAACGGAGAUUCAUCGACGGCUCAAGGCCAAAGAGGGGGUGUCUGCGGAGCCCACUUCCCGGAAUUAUUACUGCCACAAUGUUCAGAAGUUCUCCAUUGAACAGAUUCGGGUCCGGAAGGACUCCAGCUUAAAGAAACUAAUCAUGGAUGCGAUAAUGUGCAAUGACUUCCUGAAGAAGCUGGAGUCCCAGCAGGUGAGGGAGAUUGUGGAAUGUAUGUACGAGAGGAGCUACCAGCAAACCGACCUCGUCAUCCAGGAGGGAGAGCCAGGAAAUCACCUGUAUGUUCUGGCAGAUGGGAUUUUGGAAGUUAUGCAGAAUGGCAAACUAUUGGGACAGAUGCAACCUGGGACAGCAUUCGGGGAGCUUGCGAUCCUGUACAACUGCAAGAGGACAGCUACAGUUAAAGCUGUGACAGAGUCUUGGAUUUGGGUCCUGGAUCGUCAGGUUUUCCAGAGCAUCAUGAUGGAAACAGCACAGGCGAGAAACAGGAAAUAUUUCAACUUUCUCAGCAGUGUUUCCCUACUGAAGGAUUUGCCUGAAGAGAAAUUGUCCAAAAUUGUAGAUUGCCUGGAGGUUGAUUAUUAUGAUAAAGGAGAUUAUAUCAUACGUGAAGGAGAACAAGGCAACACCUUCUUCAUCAUUGCGAAAGGGAAGGUCCGUGUGACACAGACCAGGGAAGGAGAUGAAGACCCACAAGAAAUCAAGACAUUAGGACUGGGAGAAUACUUUGGGGAGAAAGCAUUAAUUAGUGAGGAUCUUCGUUCUGCAAAUAUCAUCGCAGAUGAAGAUGAUACCCAGUGCUUGGUCAUAGAUCGUGACAUCUUUAACCAGACGGUUGGUACCUAUGAGGAGUUGCAGAGCUACCUGAAGGAAUACGUGGAACAGUUGUCCCGCAGCGAUAAGAACAGAAAUGCAACGCCUCUUACAUUUGCUGCCUCUGAGUGCAAGGAGACCUUGCAGCUCCGGGAAAAAGUUGCCAAGUUCUCCAGUUCCUGCCCUUUCAAAAACUUUGACAUCGUUGCCACUCUGGGCAUGGGAGGCUUUGGGCGUGUGGAGCUGGUGAAACUGAAGAAUGAAGACACCACAUUUGCCUUGAAAUGCAUUAAAAAGAAACACGUUGUAGAGACUCGACAACAAGAGCACGUGUAUUCGGAAAAGAAUAUCCUGCUCCAGACCAAAUCCCCAUUCAUUGUGAGAUUGUACCGAACUUUCCGAGACUCCAAGUACGUGUACAUGCUCCUGGAGGUGUGUCUGGGAGGUGAGCUAUGGAGCAUUCUCCGUGACAUGUGUUUCUUCGAUGAGUCGACAGCUCGGUUUUGUGUGGGCUGUGUGGUCGAAGCCUUUGAUUAUUUGCACAAUCGAGGAAUCAUUUACCGGGAUCUCAAACCAGAGAACUUGUUGUUGGAUAAAGAUGGAUAUGUGAAAAUGGCUGAUUUUGGCUUCGCAAAGCGGAUUGGUCUUGGCAAGAAGACGUGGACAUUUUGUGGAACGCCGGAGUACGUAGCCCCUGAGAUCAUCAUGAACAAAGGCCAUGACUUUGGGGCAGAUUAUUGGUCUCUGGGGAUCCUGGUCUUUGAGCUGCUGACUGGAAACCCUCCCUUUACAGGAUCCGAUCCUAUUCAAAUUUACAACAUGAUUUUGCGAGGAAUGGAGAAAGUGGACUUUCCAAAGCGAAUUUCCAAGCGACCUGAGGAUCUGAUCAGAAGACUCUGCAAAAUUAAUCCGACAGAGAGAUUAGGAAACAAGAAAAAUGGGAUAAACGAUAUUCGGAAACACAAAUGGUUUCAAGGCUUUGACUGGGAAGGGCUUAGGAGUCGGAAGAUGAAGUCUGCUCUUCAAAGGGAGUUGAAAGGACCAGCAGAUCACAGCAACUUUGACAGCUUCACCCCAGAGAUGGAUGAGCCUGUGGAUGAGUUCUCAGGUUGGGAUGAAGACUUUUGAGGAGAGAUCCCCCGCGCCCUGGGAUGCUUGAGCUGAAAAAGGAAAACUUCAGGAACCAGUGACAGCAUCAGGAAACAUUCACGGAUAAGCUAUUCCUUAAAGGAACAGCUACUUUGCAGUCUGGUUGUUGCAUUGCGAUCGGAUGUGUCUGUAGUUUGGAAAUGUCUCUAUCUCCACAACCCCGCUCUGUCAGUGUAAAUGAAGGCAGUGGGUUUAAGAUGCAAAGGGAGCUACUGACUGGCUGCGGUUCCACAUUACAGUCGCAGCCUCUUCAUGUGGUUUUGUGAGUUGUCUUCGCCAACGGGACAAGGCUGCACUUGUCAUUAGUAUCCUCUCUGAGGGAGAAUGAGCAGGAAAACAACAGGAUGCAUGGACUAUAAGCAUGUGACAGGUGCGGGUGAGCAUUACUGCCAAUGUGUAACGAUCCUUGGGCAGGAACUGACUGAAACCCCAUCAAAAAUACCAAUCACUCAUCACUCUGGGUAAGGACCUUUCUCACAUGUAGACAGGUAACACAGAAGAAAGAUUAUUUGUGUAGUUAUUGCUAGCUUCAAAGAUAAAGUUACAAUAUAAUACUUUUCAGUAAGAAAGCUAAAUCAUUGAGGCACAUUUGAACGAUAAUAGAACAGGAGGAGAUUAUUCAGCCUGAUUAUAGCUGACCUCUUUCUUAACUCAAUCAAGCAGUCUUGGUUCUGGAAACCAUGAUAUUUUUACCCGAAAAAAUACAAACAAACUUGUUUCUGACAUUUUCAGUUGACUCAAUAGCUUUAGAAUUUAUUUUGACUAAUAAAUUUACUUCUUCAAAGUUGGUUCUAUCUUGUCCAUUGUGUGUAUUUCUCAUAUAUUUUGUUAAAGGUGCAAAUUAUUAGACACAUUGCAAUGUGUAUAAGAUCAAAUACCAUACUGUGCACAACCAGGGAGAAAUCCUGGGGUCAACUCAAGGCUUCUGUGUUGUUUUAUUUAUUCAACCAUUGAAUGACUGUGUGAUAUAAAUUAUUAAAAUGUUUAACAUGUUGUUAGAAACAAAUAAAGAUUAAACUAAUGAAGAUUU